AUGGAAAGUGAAUAGGGUUAACAAAUCAUUACAUUAAAGGAAUUGUUUGAAGGCUGGAGAACGGUCAAAGAUUAAAUAUAAAAGGAAAGGUAAAAAAUUUAAAUGACGAUGAAAAGAAAUACAUGGAUUCAAUAUAUUUCUUAUAAACAAGUUUAGGGAACUAGCAAUAUAGAUUCAUAUUCUCUAAAACCAAACUUUGAGAAAGCAGUCAAUCAGAGUAUGGAAACAGAAAUACAGAGUAAUUGA